AUGAUGCUCUUCGUGAACUACGCGAAAGGAGGAUUCACUGGGCUACUCUGGCACACGAUCGGGACAAAUGGAACAAUUACUGGCGCCCGCUCAACAGUUCGAAGAUCAGCGGGAGUCAAGGUUUUUCGACUGGAGAGUGAAAAUGCUGUUCUGAAGGCAAACAUUCCUGAGGAUGUGCUGAGAAAGAUAGUCGCGGAACACACUUGCUGA